GAUCUUUUAUCGAGCAGAAAUGCAUCGAACAACCAGAAUCAAGAUCACAGAGCUGAAUCCCCACCUAAUGUGCGUGCUUUGUGGAGGAUACUUCAUUGAUGCUACAACCAUAAUAGAAUGUCUACAUUCCUUCUGUAAAACAUGUAUUGUGCGUUACCUGGAGACCAGCAAGUAUUGUCCUAUCUGUGAUGUCCAAGUUCAUAAAACCAGACCACUACUGAAUAUAAGGUCAGAUAAAACACUUCAAGAUAUUGUAUACAAAUUAGUUCCAGGGCUUUUCAAAAAUGAAAUGAAGAGAAGAAGGGAUUUUUAUGCAGCUCAUCCUUCAGCUGAUGCUGCCAAUGGCUCUAACGAAGAUAGAGGAGAAGUUGCAGAUGAAGAGAAGAGAAUUAUAACUGAUGAUGAGAUAAUAAGCUUAUCCAUUGAAUUCUUUGACCAGAACAGAUUGGAUCGGAAAGUAAACAAAGACAAAGAGAAGACUAAGGAGGAGGUGAAUGAUAAAAGGUAUUUACGAUGCCCAGCAGCAAUGACUGUGAUGCACUUAAGAAAGUUUCUCAGAAGUAAAAUGGACAUACCUAAUACUUUCCAGAUCGAUGUCAUGUAUGAAGAGGAACCUUUAAAGGAUUACUAUACACUAAUGGACAUUGCCUACAUUUAUACCUGGAGAAGGAAUGGUCCACUUCCUUUGAAAUACAGAGUUCGACCUACUUGUAAGAGAAUGAAGAUCAGUCACCAGAGAGAUGGACUGACAAAUGCUGGAGAACUGGAAAGUGACUCUGGGAGUGACAAGGCCAACAGCCCAGCAGGAGGUAUCCCCUCCACCUCUUCUUGUUUGCCCAGCCCCAGUACUCCAGUGCAGUCUCCUCAUCCACAGUUUCCUCACAUUUCCAGUACCAUGAAUGGAACCAGCAACAGCCCCAGCGGUAACCACCAAUCCUCCUUUGCCAAUAGACCUCGAAAAUCAUCAGUAAAUGGGUCGUCAGCAACAUCAUCUGGUUGAUUCCUGAGACUGUUAAGAAAAAAAUUUUAAACUCCUGAUUUAUAUAGAUAUCUUCAUGCCAUUACAGCUUUAUAGAUGCUAAUACAUGUGACUAUUGUCCAGUUUGCUUUCUUUUGUAGUGACAUUAAAUUUGGCUGUAAAAAGGUGGACUAGAUGUGAUACUCAUAUGGACAUUAAUUGAAAAGAAAGAUUGUUCCUAUGAAGAAUUGGGUUCUGGGAAGGCAGGCAAGAUUUUUUUACUGUGUUAGGAAAGAUGUAAAAUGGUUUCUGUAACCUUUGUUUGGAUUUGGAAAUACUCUGCAGUGGAUAGAAGCAUUGGGCCAUAGUUUGUUAAUCUCGACUAAUGCCUACAUUACAUUCUUCUUGAUUGUUCUUGUUAUCAUGCUGUUUUGUGAUCCUGUAGAAAACAAGUGCUUUUUAUCUUGAAAUUCAACAGAUGGAAAGAAUAAACAUAGAAUAUAAUGCAUUCUAUGUAGCCAUGUCACUGUGAAUAACGAUUUCUUGCAUAUUUAGCCAUUUUGAUUCCUGUUUGAUUUUUAUUUCUUUGUUGCUACGCAAAACCGAUCAAAGGAAAGUAAACUUCAGUUUUACAAUCUGUAUGCCUAAAAGCGGGUACUACCGUUUAUUUUACUGACUUGUUUAAAUGAUUCGCUUUUGUAAGAAUCUGAUGGCAUUAUGCUUGUUGUACAAUGCCAUAUUGGUAUAUGACAUAACAGGAAACAGUAUUGUAUGAUAUAUUUAUAAAUACUAUAAAGAAAAUACUGUGUUUCAUGAAUUCAGAAAUGGUUGUUAAAAUUCUCCCAACUGGUUCGACCUUUGCAGAUACCCAUAUAGAUACCUAUAUUGAGGGUGGCUUACCAGCAUAGAAUAUUUUUAAUAUGGAUAAUAUAAUUCGAAAUUCUGCUCCAUUGGAAGCAAUUGGCAAAUAAUCAUCAUACUGACUUUUCUCCAGUAGUACAUGUUUACUUUUAAAAGUAAUUGUUGCAGUAAAGAAACACUUUAUAAGGAAUAUGGAAAUAAUGUCUUAAUUUUUCAUUGGUUAUAAUGGAAUUAAUGUGUUUUUAAAUGCCUAUUUCUCACUGUAAUUCUAAAAUUUUUAAGUGAAACAGCUAAUUGCUGAAAGAAGGCAUUUUCUCUAAAGUUAUUUUAAUAUGUGGUAUAAUAAUUUCAAAUUUAAGAGUUGUUUUAACAGUUAAUAGAACUGGUUCUGUAAUCCUAGCUCUUGGGAGGCUGUGGCAGGAGGAUUGCCAGGAGUUCGAGGCCAGCCUGAAUUCCAUAGCAAGACCCUGUCUCAAAAAACAAAAAACAACAACAACAACAAAAAAAACCAGUUAAUGGAAUAUGCCUUCUUUGUAAUGUCUAGAAAUAGAAGCAAUAUAUCAUGAGCUUCUACAGGAAUUUUUAAAUACAGCAAGUAUGUUAACUUUAAAUACGAAUAACCCCAACAAUUCUCAGUUUGUGUUUUGCUUUGGUCGAACGUGGUGUGUGUUCAUCACCCAUCAGUUAUUUGUGAGGGUGUUUAUUCUAUAUGAAUAUUGUUUCAUGUUUGUAUGGGAAAUUGUAGCUAAACAUUUCAUUGUCCCCAGUCUGCAAAAGAAGCACAAUUCUAUUGCUUUUUCUUGCUUAUAGUCAUUAAAUCAUCACUUUUGCAUAUAUUGCUGUUACUUUCGCUUUCUUUAAAAGAUUGAGUAAAUGUUUUAUGAAACCACAAAAUACAUAUAUUUUUAUUUUGACCUAAAUUUGUACAGUCCCAGUGUAAGUGUUGUUUCUAAUUAUAGAUGUAAUAUGAAAUUUCAUUUGUAAUUGGGAAAAAAUCCAAUAAAAAGGAUAUUCAUUUAGAAAAUAGCUAAGAUCUUUAAUAAAAAUUUGAUAUGAAAAGCACAAUGUGCGGAAGUUUUGGAAACCCCGGUAGUGGAUUACAACAGGUAAAAUCUGAAGAGAAUACAUUGCUGUCUUAAAUAGUGAUGUUACUAAGAAAUACAUGCUUUGUUGUAAAUUGCUUGAGAGCCCAUUGAAAGAUGUAUCUGUUUAUUUACAAUCUUUGAAGUAAAAGUUACCAAUGUUUGCCA